AUGAGUGAAUCAAAAAAGAAAUGCAGGCAGUACAAUGUUGAUUAUUUAAAAUUUGGGUUUAUCCCAUCAUUAUUGGACCAGCAAUUGCCAUUAUGCCUUAUAUGCAGCAAAACUUUAGGUAAUGACGCUAUGAAGCCGUCAAAGCUCCAAGAUCAUCUGAAGAGAUGUCACCCUGAUUAUGUUGAUAAAGAUUUGAAAUUUUUUCAAGGUCUUAAAGAAAAACUUCGGAACAGACCCACGUUGGAUAAAAUGUUGGCUUCAACGUCACAAAAAAACAAUGAUGGGUUGAGAGCAUCCUAUAAUAUUUCAUUACUCAUAGCAAAAACCGGAAAACCGCAUACCAUUGGUGAAGAUUUAAUUAUGCCAGCUGUUGAAGAAGUUUUAAAAACUGUUCUACACAAGCCUUCAUUUGAUAUAAUUAAGAAAAUUCCUUUAAGUAACAACACAGUUCAAAGGCGUAUCGAUGAAAUGAGUAGUGAUGUUGAAAGCUUCUUGUGCAAAUUUUUGAAAACGACUAAUUUUUCCAUACAGCUGGAUGAGUCAACUUUGCCGGGUAAUGAAGCUUUGCUAUUGGCAUAUGUUCGCUUUAUCAUGAAUGAAAAUAUGUACGAAGAAUUGUUGUUUGCCAGAAAUUUGGUUGCUGAUACAAAAGGUGAAACAAUAUUUAAUGUUUUACAGGAUUAUUUUUUAGAAAAGGAAAUUCCUUUGAAAAAUAUAAUAUCGAUUGCCACAGAUGGAGCACCCGCCAUGGUUGGGCGUUAUCGUGGAUUUAUAAGUUUUUUAAAAAAAAAUGUACCUGGAGUACUAGCGAUUCAUUGCGUCAUCCACAGACAACAUUUAGUUGCUAAAAAUUUAAAUUCAAGAUUACAUGAAUCUCUUCAAUUUGUGAUCGAUGCUGUUAACAGUAUUCGAAAUAAUGCGUUAAAUACGCGAUUAUUUGCGCAGUUGUGUGAAGAAAACGAUGAAAAUUUUACCCAACUCCUUUUUCACACAAAUGUACGCUGGCUUUCAAGAGGAUUAUGUCUCUCCAGAUUUUUUGCACUUUUUGAAACUGUUUUGGAGUUUCUCGAAAGUCAUGAUGAAAAUUUGAAAGAAAACUUAGUAAAUAGAAAAACAGAUAUAGCUUAUCUAACUGAUUUAUUUGCUAAAUUUAAUGGGGUGAACUUGCAAUUGCAAGGUGAUAAUUUAAACUUAAUAAAAACCAAAUCUAUAAUCUCUGCAUUUCUUGCCAGAAUUAAGAUAAUGAAGCAAAACAUCGGACGUUAUGAAUUUUCCCAGUUUCCUAAUUUGUCACCGGAAAUAUGCCAAGAAGACGAUGUUUUAAUUUAUGUUCAACAUUUGGAUUCGCUAUAUUCAGAUUUUGAGACUAGAUUUGAAGAUAUUUUAACGCUUGUAAUACCCCAAUGGAUAAUUGAUCCAUUUGGUGAGAUUGAGGAAAUGGAUGUUACCUUACAGGAGGAAUUAAUUGGAGUUAGUACUAACGAAGAGCUAAAGGUACAGUUUAGAAGGGGAUACCAACAAUUUUGGCUUCAAAAGGACAUACCUGCUACUUAUCCUAAUUUAUGGAUUGUUGUAAGAAAGUUUUUAAUUGCUUUCCCAUCUUCAUAUCUUGUAGAAAGGGGGUUUAGCGCAGUUAUGAAUCUCAUAACCAAAAAAAGAAACAAACUAGAUAUUAUUAACCGAGGAGAUUUGAGGUUAAACCUCACUAAAUUAAAGCCAAACAUUGAUAGUUUAUUAUCAAAUCAUCAAAUUCAUCCCUCUCAUUAA